GUUUUCAAUGCCCAUUGAAGGUAUUCUCAUCAUUUCAAUCUCACAAUCUCUGACAGAAAAAAAAAAAUGUGAGGUCAAAGCAGCAAAAGCUCAGCCAAUCCCUGCUCAUCUUGGUCCAUUUGAGCAGGGGCUGUUUCCCUCCUAAAAUUUUUAGUCCACAGAAGGAUUAUUCCCUUUUAAAAUUUUGUCCAGCUAGUUUCGGCAACCCUGAGUUGUCAACAUGUCUGACGAAGAGGAUGAGGAGUGUCCUCUAUGCAUGGAGGAGAAAAUGACUGUCCCGGUCACCUCCAAUUGCGGACACACCAUGUGUGGGACGUGUGUGUUGGAUGCCUGGAACAACCCUGUUUACAACAUGUAUGCCCCUAUAGUGUGCUCCUUUUGCAGAGGACAAGUCCUGUUUUUCACCACCAAUUUCAGGGAUGAGCACUACAAUGACCCAAAUUACAGCUAUGUUGUCAGGAACAUCAAUGCCUACAACAGAAUUUUCAGGCCUGAUGACAAGACAAUUCUGUUGUAUAUCAUGGACUGGGUUACAUUCCUGUGGAACUAUGUGAAAUAUGAAGGAUUUGGACAAGAAAGAUACGGCCUGCAUUACACUUUUAAAAUGAGGCUGUGGCUCAACCUGAUAUUGGUCUUGUUGAUUUUCAAAGAUAAUCAUCCUCCAGAAAUGGUGGAAAUGGUCAACCACUUUGACAUUGUACUGCAUAUCAUGCAGAUUUUGAUUUAUUCUAAGCUGAUCAGCUACAAGCUGCUGAUUGGUGAAGAUGAAAGAGGUCUUGCGGGUUAACCUUCAAAAAUUUAAUUCAUUAUUCAUUAUACUUCAUUCGUGUUUACUGGUUUUUCUAAAAAAUUGAAACUUGUGAGAA